UUUUGCAUCGGUUCGCAAAUUGUUGUUCAAAUUUCCCGCCAAUAGGUCAGAUGUCAUGCUGUCUGCUGCGGGAUUCUUGGGUAAAAUUUAAAAUGGCGUCGACUAGCUCGACGGGAGGGCGAGGGAUCGCUGUGAAACAGCCUAGGGAAAGAGGACGUGUCAGUAAAGCCACUGAAGCACCCUCUGAUGCUACGAUGCAUGUUGGUGAACCACGUGCUGUGGUGGGAAACCAGUUCUACAAGGAGGCACUAGAAAAUGCUUCCCACUUCAACGCUCGAGUCGUUAUGGAGCGGAAACUGCGGCUUCCCUUCCUGGACACCCUGACAGGAGUCGCCCAGACCAACUGCUCGCUGUGGAUGAGUCCGAGCCAGCGCAGGCCGGGCAUCGCACCCGGCCAGAUCUACACUUUUCCCGCCAAGAGGUGGCGCAAAAAACGCAGAGCAUACUUUGCUCAAAUGAACCCUCCACCGAAUCAGGGUGAGGUACAGGAUGUAGAGAUACAGGAGGGAGAAGCUGCAAAGGAUGCAACCUUGGAAAACGCCCUUGGACUAGAUAGCGAGGCUGCGAAUAACCUGAUAGAUUCUGUACUGAAAGACUCGGAAGACUCCAAGGAUGCGGUAGAUGAAAUUGACGACAUUCCGGAUGCUGGAGAACUGGAGGACAGCUCCAGUAGCGAUGAUGAAACCUACACCAGGAGGAAAAGAAGAAGGGUAAGGUGGCAUCAUCAUCAGUUUUUGAAAUUGGAAAUUCAUUUGUUAACCACAAAGUUUAAGAACUUUUUUAUGGAGGAAUGGUGUGGAAAGAGGUAUAAGAACCGUCCGGGGCUGAACUACCAUUACACACACUUCCACAAUGGGGAAAUUCCUGACAGUGGGAAGGAGGAGGACUCCCCCCCUCCCAGACAGGCCAAUGGAGAUGGGGAGGAAAGUGGAUCUGAGGAUAUACCCUAUGGAGAAAAGAGAGCCAAGGGUUCAGGACCCAGCAACUACUGUGACUUCUGUCUGGGAGAUGAGAAGGAGAACAAGAAAAGUGGGGUGCCAGAGGAGCUCAUAUCUUGUUCUGACUGCGGUCGCUCAGGUCACCCAACGUGCCUUCAGUUUACACCUCACAUGACCGAGUCAGUGAAAAAGUACCGCUGGCAGUGUAUCGAGUGCAAGUCCUGUCAUCUGUGUGGAACCUCUGAGAAUGAUGAUCAGCUGUUGUUUUGUGAUGAUUGCGACCGUGGCUACCACAUGUACUGUCUGUCUCCUCCACUCAGUUCACCCCCUGAAGGCAGCUGGAUUUGUAAGCUCUGUGAGGAUGAGAGGAAAGGUAUCAUCCACCCACCUCAGAAUGGCCAGACAGUGGCAGCUCCCCUCCAACAUCCAAUGCCAUGACAACAGUUGCCAUGGCAACACGUGGUUGUCACCCCUUCGUGAAUACUGGUGGAGGAGGGUGUGUUUUGGGGGAAGGUGUGACUUUGGAUCAAACUUGACAGAGCUGUGUAUAUAUUUGUACAACUUAGCAAAGACUGUCAGGCCUGUGAUGCCUACAAGCAUAUCAAUGAUCUUACCUCAGCUAACUCCCAUUGGACAGAUCACCAUGGAAUUUCUUUUAGACUAGUCCUCAGGCAAACUGGGACCAAGACAUUCAACAGCACUUUUAGUAUCUGGACUGUUGUCUUGGGUCAGUGUUGGUAUUUCUUUGAAUCUAGCAGCACAGGCUUGGCAAGUAUAUAAAAUGUACCUGUACAUGUGAGGAGGCCAUGUCACUACUUUAUAUACUAAAGUUCAAAAGUUAUUUUCCUGUGAAAUUAUCUUACUUGAUUUUGACAGAAUCAAACAAAGUUAAGAACAAAAAGGCAGGUAUGCUACUUUUUACUGCAGUCUACGUUAAUGAUAUUUUAAGAAGAGAAAGUAUCCUAAAUCUGCUUCCUUCUAUUCUUGUAGUAGUGAUGGGUCUUGUCUUGUUAAAAACUGUAUGAUUGCCAUUCACAGUGGUUGUGCCCACUUCCAACUGUAUACUGGUAAUGGAUUAUCAACACCACCAACAUUUGGCAUACAUUUGGCAUUAUGUAUGAGAUAGCAUAGUUUCUAUAUAUGUAUGAAAAACUGGAGAAGUAUUGUUAUUACAAGUUAAGAUUCUAUUUAGAAUAUGUUUCCCCAAAGUCCUCUUGUAACAUAAUUGUCAUCAGUUCAUCAAGAUGCAUAUUGUUUCUUUUAAGAAGAAGGGACUUUGAUUCAGACAGCCCACAACUUACCCACAGAUGUCAGAAAAUUUUCUUUGGUUGUUGACAAUGUUUUGUGACCAACUUUAUGUGUGAUUCAUUUGAUCAUUUCUGGCUUUUGAUACUGUUUUCCCAUUGAGUUGUAGAUCUCCUGUUUCUUUGAUAAUAGUUAUUUUGAAUUUAAACAAAAGCUUACCAGUAUUCCUUAAUUAUUUGAGGUAGAAAGUAGUACUGUCCUGUAGAAACAGUUAUUCUGAGCAUUUACAUCUUUGUUUAUUUACAUCUUGGUUUAUACUUCAUGUAACCUUUCUGUGAAUUAAGGUAAUUGAUAGAAAUAUCUUUCUUGUUUGCAGAGUUUAAGUCAAUUUUGUAGCAAGUAUACUAAGGAGAAAGUAGCUUAUUAACUUUUCAACUAAUUUUUGGUAAUAAAAAUAACCUGUUGAAUAUGAGA